GUCAUCCUACAAGAAGGACGAUGGACGACCCAGCGUAUUGCCCGAGUUUGAUCGGGAAAGUGAUCAGCCAGUUCGACGACGACAAUGGCACAGUGUUCCGCGGCUGUUCGUACUACGAAGGCUUGAACAAGGCCGCGACCCAAGUGGACCCAGCCGAGCUGCGGGAAAAGGACUGCAAGAACCCAGACUGCGCCGCCCUGUGGGCAGAGUUUGUCUCGUUCACGUCCCUCUGCCCUAUCCUCGACCAAGAGACACGACACACCGUCAGCAUCUCCUCGCUCGCAUCCGUGUGCGCCCCCACGACAGCCAAAGCACUGGCCUCCACCGCCACGCCAUCGAACCCUGCGGCGUCUCUAUUGACGACCAACCCGUCCUCAGCGCCAACAUCAUCAUCCGCAGCCACGAUCGGUAUCGUUGCAAGCAUCGUGGUGGUCCUCGUGGCGCUUGUCGUGUUUGGCUGGACGCGGUAUCGCCGCAAUCAUUCCAGUACGACUUCCUCUUCCAAGCACUCCACUCAUACGUCAAACGAUCGAUUGGACGGCGACACCUACGAACCCCACGGAACUCCCACCCACCACCCCAACAACCACUCGACCGCCAACUCUUCCUCGAACGCAGCUUCUCUGAUGGACUCGGCCCAGCAGAGUCUCAUGCAGCGCAGCCUCCUGGACCUCGACAUGGUGCGCGUUCCCAUCGACGAGAUCUCAUACAUCAAGCCGCUGGCGGAAGGCGCGUACGGCGAAGUGUGGUUGGGCAACCUGUAUGACGGCCCCGUAGCCAUCAAGCGGUUGCUGCCGACUCGGCGGACCACGGCCGUGGAUUUGCAAAAGUUCAUUUCGGAAAUUGUGCUUCUGUCCAGAAUCGAGUGUCCGUAUGUCGUGCAUUUGAUUGGCGCGGCGUGGACUCGCCCGAGUGACAUUGUCAUGGUCACCGAGUUUAUGGCUGGUGGCGACUUGCGGCACGUGCUAGACACGAACCAGCUCGAUGACGUAGCGUUCUUUCCCUGGGUUAAGAAACUCCAGUGUGCCCACCACAUUGGCGAAGCGCUGGUUUACCUCGACUUUAUGACACCGAAAGUCAUUCACCGCGAUCUAAAGUCACGCAACGUACUGCUGGACGAAGACUUUAACACCAAGCUGACCGACUUUGGCAUUGCAAGGGAGACGGACGACGCCACCAUGACCGCGGGCAUCGGCACGUUCCGGUGGAUGGCGCCAGAAGUACUUCUGGACGGCCACUACACGGAGAAAGCCGACAUAUUUAGCUUUGGCGUCAUCUUGUCUGAGCUGAGUACGAACAUUGUGCCAUAUUCUGACCUGCGAAACGCCAAGGGCAACGUGUAUACUGACACUGCCAUCAUGGCCAAAGUGAUGACGGGCGAGCUGAUUCCGACGUUUGCAUCGGAUUGUCCAGAGUGGUUUGCAGAGCUCGGAAAGUUGUGCCUGGCGCUGGAUCCUCACGCCCGACCGAGCGCGACCAUGUUGGCGUUUCGAUUUCAAAAAGCAGUCCUGGCAGCAACAGCAUUGCAUCACGAGUCAUAGUAGAGUAGACGCAUGUAAAUAUAUAUAUAUAUAUAUAUA